AUGCUCGCGUGCGUCCGCGCGCUGCGGUCCGUCCCGGGCCUCCGCGGUGGCCUCGCGUCGUCGCUCAAGGCGUCGACGCGGCCCGCGGCGCCCCUGCGGUCGCUGGCGGCGUCGGAGAUCCAGCGCGAGGGCUGGGGCGCCCUCGGGCUCUACGAGGGCCUCGUCGACGCCGUGGAGACGCUGGAGCUCACGGCGCCGUCGGAGAUCCAGAAGCUCGCGAUCCCGCGCGUGCUCGGGCGCGAGGACGUCAUGUUCGCGGCCGAGACGGGGAGCGGGAAGACGCUCGCGUACCUGCUGCCGGUCCUGAGCCGGCUCAAGGCCGAGGAGUUCGCGGCCCUGAGCGCCGGCGACGGCCUCGGCGACCUGCGCCAGCCGCGGCGGCCGCGGGCCGUCGUGCUCGUGCCCACGCGCGAGCUCGCGGCGCAGGUGCUCCAGGUCGCGAAAUCCGUCGCGCACGUCUGCAAGGCGUCGUGCCGGGGCUGCUUCGGCGGCAGCGACGGCGUCGGCAAGCAGCGCGCGAAGCUCGGCAGCGCCCCCUACGAUAUUCUGGUUGCGACGCCGGGCCGCUUCGUG